GGGAGCCAUAGCGAGAUCUUCAAUGAGAUCACUGAAUCGCUUUUUAUUUAUAGCCACUUAAGUUUAGUGUUACAGUUCUUCCUCUCCUUCUUAGACUGUUGAGAAAUUCCUAGAGAUGGCAAUAAUGACUCUACCAUGAAGUUUUGGUGAAUCUAUCGUCAGUUUAAGGAAUCUGAUUGUGUGUUGUGAUUGUAAGAUGAGAAAUCUGAAGAUCUCUGCUGGUAUGAGACCUGUGAAGAAGGAGCCUAUGGUGAUCGACCUAGACAGUGACGAUGAAGAUACUCUCUGUGGUGAAAUGAAUGACUGUAUGAUUGAUACUGGGGAAUCUAAUACCUCCAACAUGCAAAUGAUAUUUAGUGCUGAUGAUGGUGGUGAUGAUUGGGGUAACAAAAUUGAUCAACAGUAUCUGAAGUUGUUUGAUAGUCUUAUGAACGAUGGAAACUCAUAUCUGAGUGAUAAUCCACUAAGGUGUUUUAGGUAUGAAGUAGAUAACGGAGGAUACGACACGCGCGAGUUUAAACAUAAGCAGGAGAGUAGAGAAGAUCAGAACACAAGUAGUGGUCGUGCCACCAAGAAGAAUAUUGUUGAGUCAAGGCCUUCUCAUCAUGUCCAAGCAAGUUCCAAGAAGAGAAAGAAUGUUGUUGAGUCAAGGCCUUCUCAUCAUGUCCAAGCAAGUUCCAGGAAGAGAAGGGAGUUUGUGUCGAGGCGAAGAGAUAGUCCUGUCAAUGAUAAGAGUGUUGAUGCAACAAGUCAUGCGAGGAGAAGCUCGCAACACAAUGUUUGUGAAGCUCGUGAGAAGGAGAUUGUGGAAGCAGAGAUGGUACCUGAUGAGAACUACAGAUCUCAUCUCAGAUCGUUAGUGGAGAAGAGGAAGAGAUCUAGUACUAAUCCUGGUAAGAAGAUACAAGUGAAGCGUGAGGAAGAUGCAAUGUCUUUGUCUGAUUCCGACAGUAUUGAAGUUAAUGAUCGUCCGUUUCUUGAUGAAGAAGAUUCUCCCUUUGUGCCAUCAAAGAGUUAUAAAGUGGUUGAUUUGGAGGAAGAGAGCGAUGAUGAUGAAGGUGAUGAAUGCAAUUCUUGGUUUAGGAAGGAGAUAAUGAAUGUUCUCAAACAACCAUACAAUGAAAAAGAAUUCAAAGAGCUUGAGCACGAAGCAUCAGUGUGUAGAUACUUGACCAAAUCUACUGAACUGUUAGAUGGAAGGGAUAUUACUUAUACAACGAAGGAAAAGAGACCUUCAUAUCUCGAUCAGUAUCCAGAAUUCAAAAGGAUGUUCGAAAAAGCCUUAGAUGGAGAGGAACACCAUAGCGCUCUGAACCUGUUGCGUGGCUUUAUCUUUUAUUUAACGAAAGUUGCUCGCCAUGAUGCAUUCAAACCUUGGCUCGACCAUGAAUGUUUGAACAUCACAUGUUUCUGAAUUCUGACAAAGACAAGAGUCCCAGCAGCUCUUCACCUGCAUAAAACCGACACCAGUUCCUGUUCCAUGCCGAGACCUUUGUUAAGUUUUAUGACAUAAUAUCGACUAGGCUGUGCUGCUUUUAUUGUGUAAGAUUAACUUGAAUCAUUGUGUAGUAGUACUAAGUUCAUUUCUCAAACUAGCCGAAUGUCUUCAAGUUUCUGUAAUGUGAGUUCUCUCCCAUGUUUAUUGGAUAACGA